UCCUCUUGUCCUCGAAAAGCACAAGUGCAGAACCCUCUCGGCCUCCUUUCUCUCUCUGUCUCUCUACUCCAAAAUGCUCUGCCACCGUGGCCUCUCCGCCGUCGCCUCCGGCCGUCUCCGCCGCGCCCUCACCACCGCCGCCUCGCGUCCUCCGUGGGCGCUGAUCCACCGGAUCUCGACAGCGGACGGGUCCACCGGAGCCGGCGUGUCGCUCGCCCUCGCGCCGCCCCCGCGCGCCUCCCGCGUCACCAUCCCGGCGAAGGCCAUAGCGCUCAACGACCGCCCGAUCAGCGCCGACGAGAGCCGCGUCGCCCUCCGCGGCCGCGGCGUCCUCGCCGCGAGCGGCGACGGCCUCCUCCUCGUCUACACCUUCAAGGCCUGCUUCCGUGGCCCGGCUCACCCCGUCCCGGAGCUUCCGCUUGACGUCAUCAUCCCAGAGCUCGCCAGGACCACCGUCGAGACCACCUACGAGCACUUCGCGAGCUUCGUCUGCAACCCGCUCACCGGCGAGCUCUUCCGGCUGCCGGACUUCGACGGCACGGAGAACACCGUGGACGUCCACCACACCGGCAUCCUCACCCAACGCGACGGCGGCGGCGAGGACGGGCCGCCGAAGAGGUACGCCGCAGCGCAGCUCAGCAACGUCGACGGCGACGACGAGGGCCGGCGAUUCCUGCUGCGCAGGUACUCCUCGGAGACAAGGGAAUGGAGCAAGCUGGUCAUGCCGUCUCCGCUGCCGCCCGGGCGGGCAAUGGGAAUGAACCACGAGGUGGUGGCAUUCGGUGGCCGGCUGUGGUGGGUGGACGUGAGCUGGGGCGCCGUCGCUGUCGACCCGUUCAGCCACCGGCCUGAGCCCCGUUCCAUCAAGCUGCCGGCAGGUAGCAUCCUCUCUGAGAAACCGUGCUCGAGAGAGAUGGAACGAAUCGUCAAGCACCGGCGAAUGGGGGUCAGCAACGGCAAGCUGCGCUACGUCGAGGUCUCCGAUCAGGAGCCGUUCGUUGUCAUGUCGUUCACGCUGGACGACGAGAGUGGCCACUGGACGCUGGAUCACCAGGUGGCGCUGUCUACGCUCGGGGCCAAAGGGGGAUCUCCUAAGGGGAUACCGUACAUCGGUGCCAUUGAUCCGUUUAACGCGGAUGUCCUGUACCUCGCGAUUGAGAGGGUUAGUGUUAGCGUGGACAUGCGCUUGAAGAAGGUGAUUCAGUGCUCUGAGCUAUGCAGCGACGUUUUCCCGACAGUGAGCUCGUCAGGUGUCUUGCUUCCAUGUGUGCUCCCACCGUGGCUCGAUUCUUUCCCGAUCCCUAAUGCAGGCAAGAACAAUAUGAAAAAUGAGACGCUGGCUGACAUUCUGGUCCGUUCAGACAGAGGCAAGUAAAGAUGAUGUUUAUUAGGGUUAUUAAUAUUAAGACAGGAAUUUUGAUGGAUUAGGAAGCUUAUAGUGGUAGUUGCCAAACUCACUUUUUUGGGGGAAAAUUUGGAGACAAGGAGAAGUUUGCUUUUAGGGGCUUGAUGAUAAACUAUUUUAUUUUUUGGGAAAAUUAUGGGAGUUUCGUCAGUUAUUUUGGGGUUUGCCUGCAGACCUGUUAUUCGUAGUAGAAUGGCGAUUCUAUCAGCGAGUCAUAACCGUCACAGUUCAGUAACACACUUUCUAUGGAUAGGUCUCUGCAUGUUCUUUAGAUCGUGACAGAUCAAUUAGGGCCUCCUUAUUCUUCCUGUUCAGUAAGAUUUAGGAGUCUGUGAUUGUACUGUUUGACUGUUUGAACAUAUCAGUAAUUCAGUAUAUGCAGGGCCAAAUGUGAAGA